AUGGGUCGAGUCCUGCAGAGAAAGAAGAAUCGCUCUUCUACGCCCAAGAUCAAAAUUAAGAGCAAAAAGGCAAAAAACGGAAAGAAAAAGAUCAAUGUUCUGGGCAACGCAAUCAUAGCCAAAAACUGGGAUAAGAAGUUGACUCUUACCCAAAAUUAUCACCGCCUUGGAUUAGCUACCCGUUUAAAUGCGCCAGCCGGCGGUGUUGAAAAGGACGUUGAGCCGCUACAGCCCACAAUUGAUGCCGGCGAAUCCUACAAUCCCUUAGCUAUCAAAGGAAAGAGAGAUGUUCAAGUGCAACCAGGCGAAGCUCGUGUGGAACGCGACCCGAAAACUGGCAAAAUCCUGCGCAUAAUACGAAUCGAAGAAGAAGGAGAGCACGAAGAGACAGUCGAGAUUGCAGGCCGCAAGCGCAGAAAAAUGAAUCCUCUCGAGGACCCUUUAAAUGAACUCUCAGACGCCGAAGAUUAUUCCCCCAGACAUACAGAUGCCCCGACGGAGGUCGUGUCCGCCCUAGAAAAGCAGGCUGCGAUCGAAGAAGAGAAAGUGAAGAAACGAAAACCUAGGCAUCAGAGUAAACGAGAAGAGGAGUGGCUAGAGCGACUAGUAGAAAAAUACGGCGACAACAUUCCUGCAAUGGUGCGGGAUAGGAAGCUCAACCCCAUGCAGCAGACUGAGGGCGAUAUAAAACGGAGGCUAAUUAAAUGGAAAGGGAAUAAAAAGUAA